AACUCUUCAUUUUGAUACUUCAAACAAAAUUAUUUUGCAAUGGCUCUGUUUCUCUUUCUCUGUUUUUUGUUUUCUAUAAUUGUAUCCCAAGCCAAAGCAGGUGAUCCUGUUUACUGUGAUAGCAGUAGAGGAAACUACACAACCAAUAGCAUUUAUGACAACAACCUUAAAACCGUUUUAUCCAGUUUCUAUUCCCAUACAGAAAUUAACUAUGGAUUCUACAAUUUCUCAUAUGGCCAAGACCCCGACAAAGCAUACGCCAUUGGGGUGUGUCGUGGAGAUGUUAAGCCAAAUGAUUGUCGUAGAAACCUAAACAAUUCCAUUGGCUAUCUCAGAGAGCAGUGUCCAAACCAAAAAGAGGCAAUUGUGUGGGCUGGUGAUAAUACUUUGUGGUACUCAAGUCGCUCAAUUUUUGGGAUCGUGGAAACUAAUCCUACACAAUAUUUGAUUUAUGAAAGAGAUGCAAGUAAUGCGGAUGAGUACCCUCAAGCACUGAGUAAUUUGAUGGGAUAUCUACUAUUCAUAGCUGCAUCAGGAGACUCGCGCCAAAAGUACGCCGCAGAUAGUUUGACUUUGAAUGACCCUGCAAACUUUGCAACUAUAUACGCUUAUGUGCAGUGUAUGCCUGAUUUGUCACAGCAAGAAUGCACUACCUGUUUGUUUCAUCCUAUCUCAGAAAUCCAAAAGUGUUGUAAUGGGAGGAUGGGAGGAAAUAUUUUUAAACCAAGUUGUCGUAUAAGAUUUGAACCUUAUCGCUUCUUCAAUUCCACGAUUUUGUUAGAUUCGCCGUCGCUACCACCUUCACCAUCCACCAAUAACACUUCUUUAGGAAACAACAAAAGACGAACUGUCAUCGCCACUGCAGUGCCAAUAGUUGCUGUGGUUUUGGUUCUCAUUCUUAUUUGGAUAUAUUUAAGACAUAGAAAGCCAAAAACAAAUUAUGAAGCUAACAUGGGAAAAUAUGACGAUGGAGGUGACGAGGAAAUGACUAUCGCUGAGUCAUUGCAAUUUAAUUUUGAUAUCAUAAAAGUUGCUACAAGUGAUUUCUCCCAUUCCAAUAAACUUGGACAAGGUGGAUUUGGAAUUGUUUAUCGGGGUAAACUGCCUAAUGGACAAAUGAUUGCUGUCAAAAGGUUGUCAACAAAUUCUGACCAAGGUGACGUGGAAUUUAAAAAUGAAGUAAUUUUAGUAGCCAAGCUUCAACAUCGAAAUUUAGUUAGGCUACUUGGUUUUUGUCUAGAAGGAAAAGAAAGGCUACUUGUUUAUGAAUUUGUUCCAAAUAAAAGUCUUGAUUACUUCAUAUUUGAUCCAACAAGAAAAACACAAUUGAAUUGGGAAACGCGCUACACGAUCAUAAAAGGUAUUGCCCGUGGUAUUCUUUAUCUUCAUGAGGAUUCUCGCUUGCGAAUUAUACACCGUGAUCUCAAAGCAAGCAAUAUUCUCUUAGACGAUGAGAUGAAUCCUAAGAUAUCUGAUUUUGGAUUAGCAAGAUUGUUUGUUAUCGGUCAAACUGAAGGAAGUACAAAUAGAAUCGUUGGAACCUAUGGUUACAUGGCACCUGAGUAUGCGAUGCAUGGAGAAUUUUCGGUAAAAUCAGAUGUCUUUAGUUUUGGAGUAUUAGUUCUUGAGAUUAUAACCGGUCAUAAAAAUAGUGCAAACAUUUGUCAUGGAGAGGAUGUGGAGUAUCUAUUGACCUAUGCAUGGAGAAGCUGGAGAGAGGGGAAAGCUAUAAAUAUUAUAGAUCCAUCAUUAAGCAACUUUUCACAAGAUGAAAUAAUGAGAUGCAUCCAUAUUAGUUUACUCUGUAUUCAAGAAAACGUAGUUGACAGACCAACCAUGGCUUCUGUUGCACUCAUGCUUAAUAGUUAUUCUCUCGCUCUCUCAAUACCUUCGAAACCUGCGUAUUUUAUGGGAGGUGGAAUUGGUAGACUACCAGACAUGCAGCAACAAGUUGAUAAUGUAGGUGCAACAAGAUUGGAUGAAUCGGUGAACCAAAUCUCAAUUACCGAUCCAUACCCACGAUAGAUUUUGGUAUAGGUUUAUUUUUUCUCUAGAAAUAUGGUCGAUCAUAAGGGUGAAUGGGUUGAUCUUUAAAAAAAUGGUCGAUCGUAAAAAGCAUUGUUAAGACGUACCUUUAUGUACUCACAAAAAUAAAGUGGAGCACAUUAGUUACUGAA